GUGUUUACAACAGUAAUUAACUGUACCUAUGUAAUUAAUUAUCUACAAUGUUAUGUCUUCAAGUGCAUUGAGAACAAAAUUGUUAGCUGCAUUUUCACAUUGAUAUUAAACCUACUUCAUCAUUAAUAAUUAUGUGCUUUAUUGCAUUUUGAUAUUCUAAAUUUUGACCUCUAUUAAUAGAUUGAACUCGAUAAAAAGCUGUGAAUCGAUCACAAACCAGUUUUUACCUAACGGUAUGUUAUGGAUCCGACACACAUGAGUAUACAUCGACUAAAUUGAAGAUGUUUAAUCCUCAUACAUUUAUGAUUGCAGAUGUUUCCUACGUCACGUCACCUGCAGUCAUUCAAGUAGCAUUGUUAGCGUAAAUACAUUGAUUGGAGGUUAUAUUUUUCUUAAACAGAACAUCUACAAUACUAUUUUUUUCGACAAGAUAUUUUAUUUCGUAUAUUUUACUGACAGCAUUGGGUCACCAUAGAAGCAAUAUAGCUUUAUUUUUUCCUAUUUAUAUCCGUAGUGACUGCUUGUUAUUCUUUUGUAGUCGUGUUGUGUGAUAAUGAUAAACAAAGUAAACACGGUAUCAUUAUUUUAAUUUGUAAAGUGUAGUGAAUUGAAUUGGUAUGUAAGUACAUAGUACAUAUAUGUAGAUGUUGAUAAGAACGUUGUCCAGUCAUAAGUUUUUAGCGGCGCGGACCGCUCGUGUUUCUGCGUCACGAUUGUUUACGUCCACGUAUCAAUAGCAACCGAAUAUGAGUGCCAACGGUGCAAGCGACGAAGUACCCAUCAGAGGGCUUCCUAACAAUGAAAGGAUCAACCGUUUAAAGGAGCAUUUCAUCCAGGAAUUCGGAUACGAACCAUUGUUUUUUGUCAGAGUGCCGGGACGCGUGAAUCUAAUUGGCGAACACAUUGAUUAUUGCGGCUACCCAGUGUUGCCUAUGGCACUCGAACAGGAUAUACUGAUAGCCGCUGCGAUACUAAAUAAACCAGAACUUCAUGUACGAAAUGUAAAUAAUAAAUUCAGCAAUUAUGAAACAGAAAUUAAAUCAUGUGAAGAUAUUAAUAUAAUUUCGGAUCCAAAUGGAAAACCGUUUUGGUAUAAUUAUGUGCUGUGUGGAGUUAAAGGUGCUUUGGAAUUUUUGGACGGUAAAAUUACUUCAGGAUUACAGCUUUGUGUUGAUGGAAUCGUUCCUCCGGCGUCCGGACUGUCAAGUUCCUCUGCUUUAGUAAGUGCAGCAUGCCUGGCUCUUCUGUAUGCUCAAAAUGUUCCCCUGAGCAAAACUGAUAUUGCGUCUUUGUGUGCAAAAUGCGAGCGAUACAUCGGGACACAAGGAGGUGGUAUGGAUCAAGCCAUAGCAUUUUUAGCGGAGAAAAACUGCGCACAGUAUAUAACAUGGCAACCCUUGAACGCUACGCCCGUGGCCCUUCCCGAGAAUGCAGCGUUUGUUGUGGCCCAUAGUUUAGCUGAAGCUAACAAAGCAGCAACCAACGAUUUUAAUCGAAGAGUGAUUGAAUGUAGGUUGGCGGCUAAAAUUAUAGCUACUUGUGCAGGUGCAGCUACUGAUAACAAAAUUAUUACACUGAGCCAAGUACAAAACAAACUCGAUAACACUUUAGAAGAUAUGGUAGAUCUUGUACACAAGUAUUUGCCUAAAGAAUUAUAUACGAAGGGAGAAAUAUGCGACAUUUUAAAUGUUAAUGAACAAGAACUAGAGCAAUUUUAUUUAACACCAAACACGAAGCAUUUGACGGAGUUUAAAUUGAAACAGCGCGCCCUUCACGUUUACGAAGAAGCCAUUCGCGUGGAGAAUUUCCGUAAACAUUGCUCGCAAACAAUGCCGAAUGGCACUAAAGUCAAUGGGAAUGGUGUGAAUGGAAAUGGCUCCUGUGAAAACGGUGGGGACAAAGAAAUAAUUGAUGUACUUGGAAGUCUCAUGUCCGGUAGUCACCACAGCCUGAAAGAGCUGUACGAAUGUUCCCACGACAAUUUAGACCAUCUAGUCAAUAUAUCAAAAGAGAUGAAUGUCCAUUCCCGUCUCACGGGUGCUGGGUGGGGUGGAUGUAUCAUUGCUUUGUGCCCAAAGGAGAAAGUCGAUAGUUAUAUCGAUCAUUUAACAGAAAACUUUUAUGUAAAACAUUGUAAUAUCGAUAAAAGUCAAGCUAAGUCAUAUGUGUUUGCUACUAUUCCAAAUCAUGGUGCAGAAAUAUAUUUAAGUAAAUAAAUUAUUAUUAACGAACUUAAAUUAAAGAAUUUAGCACACAUUAUUUCUAGAGGUAGUUUAUUAUAUUGUUAUCGUAUCCACCGCCUUAGCUAUGAUAUUUUAUAGUUCACAUACCUUUGUAAUUAAAAUAUGCCAUAAAAGGUCCUCAACAUAGCUAAUUUUAUUUGAUUGAUUUAUAUCUAGUUGAUGUAGUAGUAGUAUUCGUUUUUGUUAAUUUAGUAAAAUUAUUUAUUUUUAAUAUUUAUAUUUAUAAGUAAAUAGAGAUAAUGAUGUAUUGUAUAAUAACUUUCAAAGCAACAGCAUUUAUAAGUUUUAUUUCAUUAGCGCGUAAACAUUAUCUUUUGAAAUUGUGUUUAACCAAUAAAUAAACAAUUAAGAUAUCA